UCGGGUCUAAGUUGUUUACCUUUUCUCACAUCAACUUACAAGCUAUUUACUUAUUUGUUAAUUGAACAAAAUUAAUCAUCUUUUCACUUGAGUUAACCAUUAUUUUGUAAUUGUGGACCUUUCAGACACCAUGUCAACGAUGGAUGGAUCAUCGGUCAAUGUGCCUGCAUUUCUAACAAAACUAUGGAAAUUGGUUGAAGAUCCAAACUAUGAUAAUCUAAUUCAUUGGUCUCAAAAUGGUAAAAGUUUUGUCAUCAGUAACCAAGCACAAUUUGCUAAGGAAUUGCUUCCCUUAUACUUUAAGCAUAACAACAUGGCCAGUUUUAUAAGGCAGUUAAAUAUGUACGGAUUUCGUAAGAUUACCAGUAUUGAAAAUAGUGGCCUAAGAGCGGAAAGAGAUGAUAUAGAGUUUUACCAUGCUCACUUUGUUAAAGAUCAAGAGGCCUCAUUGGAACUGAUCAAACGGAAGAUUAAAACACCUUUACAGGUUUCAGCAGCUAAAAGUAUUGAUGAGAAUGAAGUGAGACAUGAUGAUGUCGGUUCCAUUUUGGUUGACGUUAAAGCAAUUAAAGGAAAACAGGAUACGGUUGACAAUAUAUUAGUUAAAAUGCAGAAAGAGAAUGAAGCUCUUUGGAGAGAGAUAGCAAUUCUCAGGCAACAAUAUCAGAAACAACAACAUAUUGUUGAGAAAUUACUCCAAUUCUUAUUAUCCAUUGUUCAACAAAGAGGAAUAGGAGUUAAACGUAAAUCACCAUUAAUGAUUGGCCUUGAUGAGACUGGUGAUACCGAAUCAGAAUUUAGUAAAUCAAAGAGACCAGCUAAAGAAGGUGAUGAACAAACAAUAAAUACAUUAGAGAAAUUUGGUCCAACCAUUUUCGAUGUUUCCGAUGAUUUUAUCGAAGCUGAACUGGAAGCAGCAGCAAACAAUUGUCCCAUAAUUGCCGCUGAAGAAUUAAGUCCAUUAACAGUUCACAAUACAGAUAAUUUAACGGAUAAUAUUCUAGUCACCAAUCAAUUAGAUCACACAGAUACAGUGGAUAACUUUUUCGACCCACUACAAUCAGUAAUUGAUCAAAACAUGAUGACAACCUCUUCUCCAUCAUCAUCUUCUAAUAACAACAACAACUUAUCCAAUAUUGAAUCUGUACAACAAUUAAACACUGACUCAUCUUUAAAUAAUCCAUCAGUGUCUACAAGUAAUAUGAUUUCUAAUACAGAAUUGAGUCAAUUAACAUCAGCUCAUCCGGAAAGUUUAGUGGAAAAUAUUUUAGACUCAAACCAUCACCACCACCACCACCAUCAUCAUCAUCAUCAUCACCAUCAAAUAGAUGACACUGAUAGAGAUGUGGAAUCACUUUUCGAUCCACUACAAUCAGUAAUUGACCAAACACUGAUGACACCCAAUAAUCUAACCAAUACUGAUAUGGAAUCUGUACAACAACAAUUAAACACUGAUUCAUCUUUAAUCGAUCCAUCAGUGGGCACAAUUAACAUAGAAGCGCUUCUCGAUCCAACAAUCCAAUCUGUUAUGAAUUCAUCUUCAUUAAACGGUCUAUUUGAACAAUUACUUUAAAUUGUAAACAUUAUAAAAUUAUAAAUAAUCAAUCAUCAAACUAA